UCUAUCGCUCGCAAACAGAAUGUUAACAUUCUUUUUUAAUCAAAUAUGGCGCUUUUUGGCAGGCGAUACAGGUAAAGUUUUCGUGUUUCGGACAUAAUGAAUGCACGCGGGGGGGGGGGAAGAAUAUCGAGAAAAAAGCUACCUCAAAGAGAUCAAAAAGCCGAAGUUCGCGAAGCAUUGUGGGAUAGCUCAGGUAAAAUACUUCUACCUCAGUACUUUUGGAUCAGUGCCUUUCGCUUACAGGCUAAGACACACGUGUUUAACCCUCAUUUAAAACGUGGAACUGUGUGUUAAAUCAGGAAUUCUACGGAAGAACUUGCACCCAUCAGUAUGCCAAGCAGUUAAAACUAUGCUAAAUACUAUUGACCAAAAUAACUGAUCAUCUAAUAACGUGUGUUUCUUCAAACAAUAAAGUGGACUGCAUUAUAAAAUAUUCGUGAAAUCUAAAAAAAAGUGUAUAGCCUGUUGACCUUAUACAAUUUUUAAAUACCUUUUAAUACAGUAAAUUAAAUACAAAUUUUAGGAACAAAUGUGAUCUGAUUUAUGAAUAAUUUAUGUAAGAAAAAUGUAUUAAUGUUAAACGUAGUAAAAUUUUACAAUUAUUUUAAGUAUUCAAAGACUUGGGUUGAUGGAAGUUUAAUAAAAUCAUGUCUUUGCGAAAAGUCUGCGUUGAACAGAUAUCUUCCUGAAAGAGAGUCUUCAUCAUAAAAAAUUAUCAAAAGUUUUUUCACAAAAAUUGAGAAUAUAUAUAUGUUUUAUUAUUUCAUUCAUUACAUUGAUAAAAUUUGUACAGACAUUACCUGAACAUAAGAGCAUUUUCUAUGCUUAACGUAGAAACUAUUCAAAAAUUUGUUCCACAUUUGAAUAUAUGUAUUAAUAUUUCUCCAGGAAUUUUUUUCAAAUUAACGUAAUUAUAUCGCAAUGAGGUGAUAUUGUAAUUUCUAGGCUUAUUUCUAACAUUUUAAUUUGUAGCUCAAAGUUAUUACUUUCUAUUCAUGUGAGCAUUAAUUACGGUCUCCCUCACUAAAUACAAAGGUGCAUUAAAAUCAUUUAUCUGUAAUACUCUUUCAUAUUCCAAAUCUUAUUCUCAUCUUCGAAAAACAAUAACUUCAAAAAACAAGAGCAUAAAUUGCCUUGAAUUUGAAAUUCGUAAGACUCCUAUACUGAUAUCAGUUUUCAUCAAAUAUGUCUCAAUAUUUCCCUCUUUUACUAUGUUCACAUUUACAUGCGUAUUCGUAUCAGUUACUAUUCUCUUGACCUCUCUAGCUACAUUAUUCUUAACCCUUAGUUUAUUUUCAAAUGAAUGGGAAUACAUCAGCUACGAAAUGCAGAAAGUAGAUGAGAUUGUUCAGUCGAAAAAUUACAGUAUUCAGUGGCUUCUUGGGCAAAUGGCGCGCAUCGAAGUGGAUGACGCCUCAACAGAAAAAUCAGUUCAAAAUAAUCGAAGUGAAAUGGCCUUAAAUCGAAGACUAAUUUACCUAGUACCUGCUUAUGGAGGAGUCAAUAAAUUGUGCAUUGAUAUUCCAGAUGUUGCUUGGCAACAGAUGAAAGAAGAUGGCUUCCUUGUUGAAGAAUGCAUAUCUUACCUUUCCAAAGAGAAAGUCACAUCAAGAGAUUCUUGGCUUGAUCGAAUGCGAAAUUUGGCCAUGUCAUGUGCAAUUGUUUGCCUCAUCCUUCUAGGAAGUUCAGCAGCUCUUGGCAUAUUAGGUUUAAUUAAGAAUGAAAUCAGCACGAUCAUGGUUACUGGAGUCAUGUAUAGUUUAGCAGCUGUCUUCGGAACAUUCAACCUCGUUUUCAUGCGUUUCAAGCGUGUUAAACCUGACGGAUUUUAUACAAGCACAGUACUGGACAAAGAUAUUCCAGAAGAAUUUCUAAGAGCUAGGUUGUUCACGGUUGGAUGGCCACCAGCCAUCGAAUGUGCCGGACUCUGCCUUUGUGUGAUAGCUAGUUUGUUCUGGUUGCUUCUGGCAAGAAUAUUCAGAUUUCUGAUAAUAAGCACAACGUAGGACUGUUAGCACAAUAUAGACUUCAGCUUCUCCUGACUGUGUUCAUUUAAGACAAGAGAUAUCAAGCUAGAGAGACUUAUAGCGGCCAUCUACUAAUAAAGUACUUGAAAUUCUCCGAAUUUCUAGAAAACAUAAACUUUAAGAACAAAGUGUUUCAUGAUCAAGUGUAGGUUUUCCAGAUAAGAACAGUGCCUGCAUUUCUUUACUUUUAUUACAUAAUAGAAAUUUAUUUUAAAUACAAAGCUCAUAAAUUUAAGUACAAAAUAAUAUACUGUAACGUGUUUAAAGCUCAAUAGUGAGUGACAUGGGUUUCAAAUGAAUCUGAAUUGGCCCACCAGCGGCCGAGCGGUAAAGUCGCUGAAAACUGGUAGUUCGGUCCGAGGUUCGAAUCCCACGAACGGGCUGGCUGCAUGGGUGUUUUCGUGGUUUUCCCCAUGUGUAAGGUGUAUA